AUGGCUUCCAGCCCGCUGCCGGGGCCCAACGACAUACUGCUGGCGUCGCCGUCGAGCGCCUUCCAGCCUGACGCGCUGAGCCAACCGCGGCCGGGCCACGCCAACCUCAAACCCAACCAGGUGGGCCAGGUGAUCCUCUAUGGCAUUCCCAUCGUGUCUUUGGUGAUCGACGGGCAGGAGCGCCUGUGCCUGGCACAGAUCUCCAACACUCUCCUCAAAAACUUCAGCUACAACGAGAUCCACAACCGCCGCGUGGCGCUGGGCAUCACAUGCGUGCAGUGCACGCCCGUGCAGCUGGAGAUUCUGCGGCGCGCGGGGGCCAUGCCCAUCUCCUCUCGCCGCUGCGGCAUGAUCACCAAGCGCGAGGCCGAGCGCCUGUGCAAGUCGUUCCUGGGCGAAAACCGGCCGCCUAAACUGCCCGACAACUUUGCCUUCGAUGUGUCGCAUGAGUGCGCCUGGGGCUGCCGUGGCAGCUUUAUCCCCGCGCGCUACAAUAGCUCGCGCGCCAAGUGCAUCAAGUGCAGCUACUGCAACAUGUACUUCUCGCCCAACAAGUUCAUCUUCCACUCCCACCGCAUGCCCGACGCUAAGUACACGCAGCCCGACGCAGCCAACUUCAACUCGUGGCGUCGCCAUCUCAAGCUCACCGACAAGAGUCCCCAGGACGAGCUCGUCUUCGCCUGGGAGGACGUGAAGGCCAUGUUCAACGGCGGGAGCCGCAAGCGAGCGCUGCCCCAGCCGGGCGCGCACUCGGCCUGCCACCCGCUCAGCUCGGUCAAGGCUGCCGCCGUGGCCGCCGCGGCGCCCGCCGACCCUGGCGCAGCGUCCGGGGCGGGGGCAGGAACGGGUCCCGCGGGCGCCCGGGUGCCGGCGUCCCACCACCCGCAUCUUCUGGAGGGGCGCAAGGUGGGCGGUGGCGCCUACCACCAUUCGAGCGCCUUCCGGCCUGUGGGUGGCAAGGACGACGCGGAGAGCCUGGCCAAGCUGCACGGGGCGUCAGCGGGCGCUCCGCACUCGGCCCAAGCGCACCACCAUCAUCACCAUCCCCACCCGCACCACCACCACCACCACCAUCAGACCCCGCAGCCGCCGUCACCGCUGCUGCUGCUGCCCCCGCAGCCUGACGAGCCGGGGUCUGAGCGCCACCACCCGGCCCCGCCGCCGCCGCCCCCGCCCCCGCUGGCCCCGCAGCCGCACCACCGAGGCCUUCUGUCCCCCGGGGGCACCAGCUGCAGCUACCCCAGCGAGGACAGCUCCGAGGACGAGGAUGUCGAGGAAGAGGAGCAGGAGGUGGACGUAGAGGGCAACAAGCCUCCGGAGGGCGAGGAGGAGGAGGAGGAGGAAGGUCGAGACCCCGACGACUACGAGGAGGAAGACGAGGAGACCGGGGUCCUGCUGGGGGACCCCUUAGUCGGGGCCGGCCGGUUCCUCCAGGGCCGAGGGCUGUCGGAGAAAGGGAGCAGCCGGGACCGCGCGCCAACCGCCGUGGGCGGUUUCCCACUCUCCCUGAACUCCACCAGGCUGCUUCAAGAGGACGGGAAACUGGGUGACCCCGGCGGUGCGGACCUGCCCCCGCCUCCGCCCCCCCAGAAAGCAAGCGGCGGUGGCGGCAGCAGCCCGGACAGCCCAGUCCACCAUCCAUCACUGGAGGAGCAGCCCUCCUACAAAGAUAACCAGAAAACUAAGGAAAAUAACCAAGUUAUUUUGUCCACAAAGGAAGACAGCUUUUCAGAUAAGAACAAGGAGCACAGCUUUUUCAUCACAGACUCUGAGACUUCCGGAGGAGAUUUUUGGAGAGAAAGAGCAGGUGAACACACACAAGAAACCAAUUCACCUCAUUCACUCAAAAAGGAUGUAGAAAAUAUGGGAAAAGAAGAACUUCAGAAGGUUUUAUUUGAACAAAUAGAUUUACGGAGAAGACUAGAACAAGAAUUCCAAGUGUUAAAAGGAAACACAUCUUUUCCAGUAUUCAAUAAUUUUCAGGAUCAGAUGAAAAGGGAACUAGCCUACCGAGAAGAAAUGGUGCAACAAUUACAAAUUAUCCCCUAUGCAGCAAGCUUGAUCAGGAAAGAAAAGCUUGGUGCCCAUCUCAGCAAAAGCUAA